AUGGAGGUCGAUCAAACAGGCUCAGGAACCUCGGAAGCGCCUGAACCUGAAACUAAAGACAAGGACGUUUCAAAUGACCCGGACUACGUUUCCAAGCACUCGGCGAUUUUCCUGAAGUUCAAGAAAGCCGCACAAACUGCCCAUGAGUCGGAAGAGGAAGAGGAAGAGGAACAAGAAGACGCCGUCGAAACCCAAGAUUUGGCGCCGUUGCCGCAGCCUGAACUACCCUCCGACGCAAAAUUAGUUUCAACCGAUACUCACAAGAACAACCUUGACUGGUUGGCUACUCCCACUUUCAUCGACCCAGAGCUCAAACAACCAUUUGAAGAGCUUGGAGUUACUGCGCCCGUUCUCAAAAACCUCCGUGCCAUGGGGUUUUCCAGUGCAUUCUCUGUCCAAGUCGGAACACUUAGAUUGAUAAUGGAGGAUAUUCGUCGAAACAGACUUGCCCCCGACUUUCGAGGUGACCUCUUGGUCAAUGCGUCUACAGGUUCGGGUAAAACUUUGGCGUAUCUGAUUCCUGUCAUCGAAGCCUUGUAUGACCGCGUUGUUCCUCGCGUCCGUGCAAUCAUCUUGGUGCCCACAAAGCCUUUGAUCACACAAGUAUCCCAGACGCUCCGAGACCUUUCGAACGGAACGACUUUGUCCAUUGUCAGUUUGACUAGUGAUUUGUCCAUCAGAGAGGAAGGCAUAAAAAUUACCACUAACAUUCCCGAUGUCAUUGUGUCCACCCCAGGUAGAUUGGUGGACCACUUGCUCAAUGGCUCUAUUUCCUUGGAGGCACUUCGGUUCUUAAUCAUUGACGAAGCGGACAGAUUACUCAAUCAGUCGUUUCAAAACUGGAGCAAUGUGGUGGUUUCAAACUUGGAAAAAUGGGUCGACCCGGCGUUGAACACCAGCAACAUAUGGAGACUACAGACACAGAAAAUGAUCUUCUCGGCCACAUUAACCACAGAUGCCGGUAAACUUUCGUUGUUGAAGUUCAACAGCCCUAGAUUGCUUGUGGUCAAUAACUCCAAGCAGCUUGUGCGCGAGAUGUUCUCUGUUCCAGUUAAACUUCACGAAAACCGCCUCAGGUUCACCUCAAGCAAGACUGCCAUCAAACCACUUAUACUUGCCAAGUUCAUGAUGCAAGCAAACAAGCUUUCGUCUGUGCUUGUCUUUGCCAACUCGAACGAUGCUACUCUUCGGUUGUCGAAAGUGUUGCAGAAUCUUUUCAAUAAGUUGGUUCCCAACAAAAAUAUUACAGUUGCAUAUAUGAACUCCACCAACAACGUUGCGUCGGUGCGAGGACGCCUUUUGAAAGACUUCGCUGAAAAGCGUGUUCAUGUUUUGGUGGCUACGGACUUGAUCGCUCGUGGUUUGGACAUUUUGUCCAUCACCGAUGUCAUCAACUACGACUUGCCCAACUCAUCUCGUGAGUAUGUUCACUGA